AAAAUGAGGAGUUUCAAAACAAUUUUAUGAAGGAAAAAGAAGUGUUGCUCAGUAGGAUUAAAGAUGCUGAGUUACUCAAGGAACAAGCAGAAAAAGAGGCUGAACAGGCAGUUCUGCAGCUGGAAGAGAUCCUCUCCGAACAGGAAGAAAUGAGACAACUCAAGGAGAUAGGUCUACGGGAUAAGCACGAAGAGCAGACCAUGACUGGCUUGUCACUCUACGACAGACGUGAAGAGGAAACGAUGACAAGCAACUCGAUAUUUAACAAACAAGAACAAGAAACCAUGACUAGUAAAUCUCUGGCAAACAUGCGUGAGGAACAGACUAUGACCUCCAUGUCUCUGGGGACAGACCAAGAACAGAUCAGUGAUUCAAAGAGGCAUCAAUCCGGGGGCAGUCAGUCGUCGCGCCAGUCAUCUGCUCAUUUGAUAGACAGUAGAAUACAGGAUCAAAGUGCCGAAAGAGGUCUGAGUCCACGUGACAGUGGUUUUGAUGGAGCCGCUUCAAGUCUCAAAUUUGACUCAAGACCGAGUUCAUCUACCGUGAAGUUUUCCUCAGAUGAGCAACAUCCUCGAGAACGGAAACCAACGAUGCUGUCACCCCCUCAGCAGACAAGACCUGCCAUGAGUGCCAGGGCUCGUAGGCGGCUCAUAAACUCUGCUCUUGGCGAUCAUCCAGUGGCUCAAGAGACAGUGCGGACAUACGAGGCAGUCCUGUCGUUUAGUCGUAACAUUACGCAGUGGUUGGACAGCGAAGGGCUUAGUGAAGAAGCUGACCUGGUGAAACGUGUACAGCCUGUUGUUCUCAACCAGGAUGACACAAUGCAGGUAAUAGAGUGUCUGCCGGAGAUACGUGGCAGUAUUGACCAGAUUCUAAAUCAGGUGGGCAGUGUUUUGUCCAGUCAGCACCUAGCACGAUCCAUACCUGUGGACAUGAAGAGUGUAGGAUUAAAUUCCCCGGAACCGAAAACGCAGCAAGAAUGGAGACCGAAGAGUUUUAAGAAGGAAGACUUAGGAGACGCAUCAAGCAUGGAAUCCAAUUAUGUUAAGCUGCUGAAGGAAUACAACGAUUUGGCUGAGGGUUACGAGGGUCUUCAACGACACCUUGAUGAGGAAACCAAGUUUCACCAGGAACAAACCAGUCAGAAUGUGGCAGUCAUGACUGACAUGCAGGACACGAUCACACAGUUGAGGAAUCAGCUGGCAGAAUUGAGGAGCACACGGUCCGCUUCAUCGGAGCGUGCAAGUUCUUCCAUCAUGUUCACACGACUCGACGCAGAGAGAAACGGAAAGAUCCUUAAGCGUGCUGUGAAUGAGAGGAGAUUAUCCGACAGCAGCUUCUCUGUGAUCAUGGAACACAUGGACAACUAUGUUAGUUUACCGGCAAAGAGAUUGGCGCAUAUUGUCAGGCGGUAUAGUCACCACCGAGCUAUGAAAAACAUUGAGCAAAGUUUACAACAAAGUGGUAGUCUUGACGAAAGCGUGUUUUCAACCCUGGAUAAAAUGGAAGCUUUACAAAACACUCGCGCUCAGAGAUGGGGCAACCAAAUGGACAAGUAUGCGUUCGAGCGUGAGCAACUGGCGGAGCAGUUAACGUCUUGUUUUGAAAACUUAGAGCAAGAGACAGGGAUCUUUCUCAUCAAACCUGUUUAUUCUCUGAAAGGAAGAUCUGAAGUGAAUGGUGGACAUGUUGUGGCCCAGAGGAACAAACCCUCCCCAGUACCACCCAAGCCCAGCGGUCCAGCAACCCCAGCACCAACUCCAUGGCAAAAUUAUGGAUCCAAAGCACCAAUAUCAGCAGGGCUCUAUCGUGAUCUCACACAAAGUUCCCUCGCUAGAGCUGGCUCCUCAAUCCCUGCAGUGGCUCAGUUGGAGGAUGGUACAAUGAGGAUGAAGGUCACACAGCCCAUGGACAAAGAGGGCCUGUUAAGCUCUUCAGCUGGUGUAGCGUGGCAGGCGUCCAAGUCCCAAGUGUUGGGUUCUCUUUCAACUGCUGUGCAAAUCAGUACGCCUAGAAUUCUAGAGCUGGACGUUAAUCGAAUGAUGAUUGGACAGACAGAUGUCAGUAAGCACAUUUUCCCUCCUGAUGACUCUGGUGAAAUGACAGGCUCCGCUGUAAGGAGUUACGUUACAGUAGAGCGACCAUCAGGUGGUAAACAAAUCCGGAAAGCCAAGCAAGUUAACCUAGCAUCGCAGAGUUAUUCUGCACCUAAUAGUGCUCCAGACAGCAAGCCUCUGGGCCGUCCUCACAGUGGUCCUCAGUUGACACAUUACUCUCCCCUCCCUCCCAUACACAUGCCCAAGUUACGCCAGGAGUCUCGGUCAGGCAAGUCACUUGAGAGUGAGACUGUAACCCAUUCAGAUGCUGGAACACCUGUGUUGGGGACGAAGUUUGAAGGCACCAGACCCAGUACAGGUGGAGCCAUUAAUGGACAAGACAAUCAUAUAGGAGUUAUCUCUCCUGAGAUUUUACCUGUUAGAUAGCGACGUUUGAACCUCGAUUGUUUCUGAGUAUUAAAAUAAUAAGAGAUGUAAAAUGACUUUGUAAAGAAAUUUGCUUUAUCGUCAGAGGUUCGUAAUCUAAUUGUUUUAAGAUUUCGUGCAAUUUUAUUUUUCGCCUUGGUAGUCGGAAAGGGACAUAUAUUGGGCCAUAUUUGCCCACUGUUAGUUAAGAAUGGUAGAAAAGACACCAUUUAACGGAAUUUUUAACUCUCCACCAUUACGAAGUUUGUAUCUAAAUCCACUUCUUACAGUGGUGUGAGAUUCCAAAGAGUUACAUGGCCUUUCGAAAGUUGUCCUGAGAUCUAAUGAGAAUGCGAUUUUGGAUGAAAAGAACUCAAUUACCUGGCAGCACACGUACAAAGUCACAGAGUUCAACCUAGAUGAAGGGUACUACACCGCACGGUUCACUGGCUUGGUGGUCGCAAAAACGUAUUUGAAGCAACAAUACCUUUUUGCGUAAUUCUUAAUGGUUCAAAAAGAUGAAGAGGAGGAAUAGACGUCAUAGGGUAGCAGAAGGUUGCUGAGCAAGAUUUCAAAUGGCGGCAUCUGCAGCGGAUUUUAGACUCUUUUGAAGGCAAAUAUCAUGCAGUAAGGAAGGUCUUAAGAAGCUGAAAACGCACUCAGUGUCAACAAUGUAUGUAUAGUACCGAAAGAAAAACUUAAAAGGUUACAAGAGAGUGAUUGUGAAAAAUUAUUGAGUGUAAAAAUGUUAUCUUUGUUAUGAAACUAAUGUUGACACUUAUGGAGAAAGAGAAACGAAACUGUUCACUUGGUAGGCUACAGCACUCCACCGGAUCAAAUCUUCCGGAGACUCUACUCAGUAAAUAACAGUAAAAGAAAACAGAAUAUUAUUAAAUAGAAAAAAUAUCACUGUAA